AUUCAAGAUAUCAGACUAGCUGGAGGCAAUAACACCGCUGGUAGAGUUGAGGUACAAAUAAACGGUGUUUGGGGAACAGUUUGUGAUGACGCUUGGGAUGAACUUGAUGCUGCAGUUGUUUGUCGGUUCUUGGGAUUAAAUAACGGUGGUAAAGCGACGACAGGGGCACAAUUUGGACAAGGUGUUGGCACUAUAUAUUUAGAUGAUGUGUCGUGUCGAGGAGAUGAAACCAAUCUUGAUGAAUGUUUAAUGAAUCCCAGUAUAGGCAAUGUACAAUGUACCCACGCAGAAGAUGCAGGAGUCGAGUGC